AUGUCCGUCAUGAACGGUGGAGGCGGGAUGAACGGCCACUUGGGGUCAAAAAUGAAUAUCAGCGAUGAAGACUACAAGACUUACGAGAAAGGCGUUCAGGUUAUCGAUGAGGACAAGGAGUUUACACCGAACCUCCCCACAUACCUCGCUAUUCAGAACUUGAUCAGUGCGGGUUUCAACUACCAUGUUGUCGCUGUAUUUGGAUCCCAGUCAACGGGAAAAUCGACCCUUCUCAACCAUCUCUUCGGAACCCACUUCUCAGUUAUGGACGAGGCUGCUCGCAGACAGACUACCAAGGGAAUUUGGAUGUCGAGGGCUCUUGACGAACAGGAUCAUGAGCAGCUAGUAGCCAAUAGAGAAGGGGGUAUGACAAAUAAUAUUUUGGUUAUGGAUGUGGAGGGAACCGAUGGUCGCGAGAGAGGAGAGGACCAGGACUUUGAAAGGAAAAGUGCCUUAUUUGCAUUGGCUACCAGUGAGGUUUUGAUUGUCAACAUCUGGGAGCACCAGGUUGGUCUCUAUCAAGGAGCCAAUAUGGGUUUAUUGAAGACUGUAUUUGAGGUUAAUUUGGGUUUGUUUUUGAAGGACAAAAAUACCACCCAUCGAUCACUUCUUUUCUUUGUGAUUCGUGACCACAUCGGUCAUACGCCUCUUGAGGGUCUUAAAUCCACUCUCAUGGCAGAUCUUAAUAAGAUCUGGUCAUCUCUUUCCAAACCCGCUGGUAUGGAAGAAUCAGAAAUUACAGAUUUCUUCGAUUUCCAAUUCGCUGCGCUCCCGCACAAGAUUCUUCAGCCUGAAAGGUUUUUGGAAGAGACAAAGGCUUUGAGAACAAAGUUCCGAGAGGGUGUAGAUGUACAGGUGCUGAGCGACGGUUCACCUAUCGAUGAUAAAAAUAACGGUGUUUUCCUUCCAGCCUACCAUAGACGGAUACCUGCAGAUGGUUUCCCGCUUUAUGCUGAAGGUGUGUGGGAGCAAAUUGUUUCAAAUAAGGAUCUAGAUCUCCCCUCGCAACAGGAACUGCUUGCCCAGUUCCGAUGUGACGAGAUUGCAGCGUCUUGCGUUGCCGGUUUCAAUGAGAUUAUCCAGCCAUUCGAGGAGCUAUCCAAGAAGGGCGGAGUACUCGACGGGCUUGGUCCUGCGAUGAAGAAAGCGCUCGGAGAAGCGGUUGGUGGCUUUGAAGAGGCCGGCGGGAGGUAUCACAAGGGCGUUUUUGGGCGAAAGAGGGAUGAAUUACGCGCAGGUCUUGAGGGCCGCCUGAGAGUGUUGGUUAUCAACCAGUUCACCGCACUUUCUAAGAGAGCGCUCGCAGAAUUUACUGAGGAGAUCACCGCCAUCCUCAAGAAAGCAAACUCAGCUGCUCAUGCCGGGACUGCAUCUUAUGAUUUUGCCGAGGUUGUGGAUGAGACAAGGAGUAAGGUGGUAAAUGCUUUCAUUACAGAGGCAUCCGAAUGCUACAUCGCCGGACCGACCGCUGAGUGGUCUAAUUAUGAAAAAGAGCUCGAGGGUUUGCAAAAAGACCUCGAUGCAGUUGCAGGACGUUUACGAGGAGAAGAAAUGAAGCGACUUGUGUCCAGGCUUGAGAAAGCCAUCAAGGCAAAACUCAUCGAGCCGAUCGAGCUUGAGUUCAGGCGGAUGGAAGACAACACUAGGGAAAAGGGGGGCCUUUGGGACCGUGUUUGGAACGUGUGGAUUGGUGUUGUAGGCGACGGAGUUGACACCUUUUUGAGUCGGGCGACCAGCUUUAAUGCUAGCGAGAAGGAAAGAGACAUUGGUGCUUGGAGGUUGAAGAAGAAGGCCUGGGGAGUGUUAAAGGCUAAGAUUGACGAAGAAGUUCAUGAGGGAAACCUUUUGUUGAAGCUUCGCGAGAAAUUCGAAGACCGUUUCAGAUACGAUGAAACAGGUGUUCCCCGCGUCUGGAAACCAACCGAUGAUAUUGAAGGCUCCUACACAAAGGCCCUUGACGCUACCCUGAAGCUCAUUCCGCUCGUUUCUGAGAUGCGCCUAUCGAGUGGAGAACGGCCUCCGCUGGCUGAAUUCCUCGGCGAUGCACCUGCAGACUAUGAGGAAGACCUUGAAGAGCUUGGACCUUCCAAAGACGAGUUUGAGGUUAUUUCCGAAUCAAAGCGGAUUGAUCUGCAUCAAAGAUUCAAGCGUAUGGCCGAUGCGGUUUUUGUAGAGGCGAAGCGCAGCACUAUUAAUGGUGUGGCCCAGAUCCCGAUGUUCAUGUGGGGAUUGGUGCUCGCGCUUGGGUGGAAUGAGAUCUGGGCCGUGUUGAGGAGCCCAGUGACGAACCUGUGGGGACCAAUCUAUCAAGUUAGCAAUGCUAUGAGCCAACAGGCCGUAGAUAUCGGAAAGCAACGCCUACGAGAGUUCCUCAGUGACAGCAACGGCAACGUCGCUUUUGCUGGCCGAACGAACAAGACCAGGGGCUAUGAUGAUGAUGAUGCUAUCAGCUUGCAAUCGCUUGAUACUGAGGGCAGAAGGAGGGUAAAGAGAGAGGACUCUUCAGAAUAG